UCGUCGUCGUCAUUCUCAUCGAGAAAGAAAAGUCGAAGGACGACGAGUAGAACGAAGAAAAGGUUCGAAACUAGUAAAGGUAAUAAAGGAAAAGGAAGAUACGAAGAAGAAGAGGAAGAAGGAAAGAGCGCCUCGUCGAAAACGGCGCUCUUGUUACGGCGGCGAUAGGAGAGAGAGUUAUGGUGGCUCGCACAUGCAAUGACUGUGGCCGCAGCCGUGGCACUGUGGCAUCGUGCCAACCUCUACAAGGCGAUGGCCUGCGUCGUCCUCGCGCUCAUUGCUGUUCAGUAUCUUCUAAGCGGAGUAUUGGAUCGUCGAUCCAUCGAGACCAUAUUCACCAUUAAUGCUACGAGAUAUGCCGAUCGGACGUACAGGAACCAUCCUCGUGGAUUGAUCAUAUACGGUCCAGCGACCGUGUCUAGCAUUUUCAAAGGCCACAACAACAACAACAACAACAACAACAACAACAAUGUCACUUCGAAAAUAUUCCCAUCAGCCGGCAAAGGGGAUAAUGGUGGAAGUGGUCUCGCGAACAUUACCAAAACCGAAGCUGGAAUAUUUCCGACGAACAACGUCGUUGGGUUGUCUCCUGGAAGCUCACCUCAAUAUGUCUCGAAUGCCACGAAUAACGCGACGAUUCAACAAUGUCCCCUUGUAUCUCCAAAUCUCGUUGGUCCAGUGGCCGUUAGUAAAACUCCACCGGAGAUGUCGGUCAUUGAAAAAACGUUCAUCGAGGUGAAUCCAGGUGGAAGAGGAUGUCCAACGAAUUGCGUAGCGAGAGAUCGCGUAGCCAUUAUUAUUCCGUUUCGUGAUCGCCCACAGCAUCUGCAGGCGUUACUCUUCAACGUGCAUCCUAUUCUCUUGCGUCAGCAAAUCGAUUAUCAGAUCUUUGUGGUCGAGCAGGAAGGUACCGGAGCAUUUAAUCGAGCGAUGCUGAUGAACGUCGGUUACGUGGAAGCCUUGAAGGAGAGAACGUUCGAUUGCUUCAUUUUCCACGAUGUCGAUUUACUUCCGGAAGACGAUAGAAAUCUGUACACCUGCCCGGAACAACCCAGGCAUAUGUCCGUCGCCGUUGAUAAGUUCAGAUACAAGCUCCCGUAUGCCGACCUUUUCGGUGGUGUUUCCGCUAUGUCCCGGGAACAUUUCAAACUGGUGAACGGCUUCAGCAACGUCUUUUGGGGUUGGGGUGGCGAGGACGACGACAUGGCAAAUCGUAUAAAGGCUCAUGGUUUGCAUAUAUCUCGUUAUCCUGCUAACGUAGCUCGCUACAAGAUGCUAACGCACAAGAAGGAGAAGGCUAAUCCAAAGAGGUACGAGUUCCUGAGGACAGGGAAGAAGAGAUUCGCGACGGAUGGUCUAAGCAAUCUUCAAUACGAGCUGAUCGAUAAACAAAAGCCAAAAUUGUAUACGUGGCUUUUGGUACGACUGACACCACCGCAGCCCAGCUGAUGGCUACCAUGGAUCGGUUGAAGGCUCUGGGAAUUUUCUCUCAUGGCCUUAUCAAAAUGAUACAGAGUUCGCUUUCUUUUUCAGAACGUUCCUCCUUCUUUCUAUUUUACGACUAAUGCUCGAUAAAACUCGCACAGUGGGAUAAAUUAUCUGUGAGCGUCCGUUGUUUAUUACGUGCGUGCGUGUGUACUUUUUUCUUUUUUUCUUUUCUUGUUCUUUUUUUUUCUUUUUUUUUUUUUCUUCUUUUUUUUCUUUUUUUUUCUUUUUUUUUUCUUUUUUUCUUUUUUGUUUGAACGUUCUCCAAAGAAAAAGAAAGAGAAUGAACAAGAUGAAGAAGAGAGCGAAGACUUCGAUCGGUACGUUUCGUAAUACGAAAACGAACUUCCGCACUGUUGUUGUUGUUGUUGUUUUCGAUUGUAUCCGGCGUGCGCGUUUAGAUAACUCGCGUCUAUUACUACUGGUUUCCCUUGAAAAUCUUAGCACCGUUAGAGGGGUGCGACGACGGUGGAAACGUCAUUGCGUGAUAUAUUUUUAUUCCUCAUAUUUUUUUAUUGCAACGAUAGGAUAACGAGUGCGAUUAGAGAUGUAACGAAAGAGUUGACGUGCCAAAGGAGAGAAUGAAAGUGAAUCUAAGAAAAAAAAAGAAUGAAUAACAAGGGAGAGAGAGAGAGAGAGAGAGAGAGAGAGAGAGCGUGUGCAUGGAAUUUUUAUGAUUGAGUGCUUGAACGACGGUAAUUCGGUCGGAUAAAAAAUUCCUUAGAAUUAAAUAAAACAAAAAGACGUCCACGUUAUCUCUGGAUCUCAUUCCGAAUCUUCUUCCUGUUUAAAUUGAAAAAAACAAAAAAAAAACAAAAAAAAAGAUAAAAAGAUAAAACACAAAAAAAAACCAAGAAAGAACAUAAAAAGUAUGAUAUCACACAAAAAAGACAUGGAACGGGAAGAAGAAAUAAUUUUUUCCAAUCGCGGAACGUCGUCUAUCUACUUAAUUAAGCUAAAUAACUUUAGGAUAUGCUUGGAAAAAGAAUUUACUUAGCCUAUAAUUAGUCAUUAUAUUAUUAUGUAUAUAUAUAUAUAUAUAUACACACACACACACACACACA